GCUUAAAUCUGGACCAAAAAUAAGAAUACUAUCCCUUGUAUAUGGAUUAUUUUUCGGAGAAAAUUAAAGUUUUGUAGUAAAAUUUCGCACUUUAAUUUCAUCAUUUUCAUACAAAAUUCCCUUAUCAAAAGCUGCUCUCGAGGAAAGACUAAACUCAAGCGGUCAAAUAAAAUUCAAAAAGAAAGUAGUUUCACGUCCUGUUCAAUUUUACAUCUGUAUUAGUGUCAAUUGUUGUUUAUAAACUCAAAAAAUAUUUAAAAUCAUUAAAAACUUACCGCAACUAAAUAAAUAGAGGUCAAUAUUAGACAAAACAACAAUGAAUGCAUCAGAUCAGUAUGAAAUGACUGAUAGCUAUGUUCAAGAUGAGUCAGAAUCAGAACAAGGAUUUUUGAGAGAACAAGAUAGAUUCCUUCCGAUUGCUAAUAUUGCAAAAAUAAUGAAGAAGGCUAUACCAAAUAACAGUCAAGGAAAGAUAGCAAAAGAUGCCAGAGAAUGUGUCCAAGAGUGCGUAUCUGAAUUCAUAUCCUUUAUUACGUCAGAAGCAUCUGAGCGAUGUUCUAAUGAGAAGAGGAAAACCAUGAAUGGCGAAGACAUUUUAUGGGCAAUGCAGAAUCUGGGAUUUGAUAAUUAUAUAGAUCCAUUAAAGAUGUUCCUUCAGAAAUAUCGAGAUGCAUCGAAAAGUGACAGUACAGGAGAGGAUGGACAGAAUGAGGAUGCAACUACAUUUAAUAAAUUUCAUUUAUUUUAAAUUUUCAGUAUUUUUUUAUAAAUAAAAUUAAGAAAUAAAAUCUAGAUUGUUUAAAUCCGAGUCUAACUAUGUUGUUCUGCAUAACAGUCAAAAUAUAUUCAAGUCCAUAUUUUGGAUGAUCUUCUUAUUAUUCAUUCAUAAAGAUUAUUCGCGCCAAGUCAAUUUGAUUUUUACUCUUUUAUCAAAAAAUAAACUAAAAUCUGAUUGAAAAUUAAAAAUUAUUUUACUUGCUUUUUGUGACGUUUUUGGUGUGCUUUUAAAUACCGCAGAAAAGCUUUAAGAAUUUCAAUAAUUUGUGAAAUAAACAAAAUUUGUCAUUUAAUUCAAAUGGAUGAGUCAUGUUCCUUAGCAGAAGCUUUAACAACUUUAUCAUCACCAAAUUAUGGACCAUAUUCAAUUACAAAAGAUAAAACAAUUAAAAUAAAUUUUGUGAUCAACGAGAAGCUUUCAGAUGAGCUUAAUGCAACAUCAUUUACUCAUUAUUUUCCAAAGGAUCAUUCAGUUCGGUUGACAUUUCGAUCAACAGUUGAAGGAAGUGAAAAUAAAAUAUUUUGGAAGUUGCGAUGCAAAGAACAACAAAAACAACAACAAAAGUUUUGUUUACUUCACAUUGAUGACGACUCAGAUGGAGCUGUUACUGACUAUUGUCAAAAUCAUAUUGAUGAUGGAUUAGUGGAUGAUUUUUAUGGAAUUCCCAGCAUCUAUAAAAACAAGAAGAACUUAAAUGUAAAAGACCUAAAAGAUAAAAAUGAUUUAAAUCUUCUCAUCCUUGCCGUUAUGAGAAACCAAAUUGAUAUUGUUGACAAACUCCUGAAAUAUGACUUUGACUUAGAUUAUGAAGUUACAAUUAACCCUGAAACAGAAGUAAACUUUACUGCCAUCGAUAAAGCUUGGGAUAUAUUUUCUAAAUCUAUAAUUGAAGAAGAUAAAUUCAACAGCAGUCAAAUCAUUAUAAGCCUCCUUAAUGCCAACUCACGGCUACCAAAAGUAUUUAACUAUGACACAGCAUCAGAUGGAAUUAAAAAGUUUUUGGAUCAAUGUGAAGCACUGCAUCAGUUGAUAAGAAAUGACAACUUUGAAGUUUUUAAGGAGGAACUUAGUAAAUAUCCAAAUUUAUGGCACAUUUAUAACAAGAAUAACGUUUCAUUAAUGACUGUAGCAUUGCAAGAAAGUAAAAAUAAAUGUAAAUUUGUUGAUUUCCUGUUUAAGUCAAGAAUAUACCCAGGACAGCAUGAAGCUGAAAAUGUAUCUAAAUUAUUGGAAAACUUUCAAAUCACACAAAAACGAUUGUGGAGAAAAAAGCGUCAAAUUAAUGCAGAAGAACUUUUUAAAGCACAUGUUUUUACAUUAAUUUCCAAAACAAAAGUCAGCAAUUACGACAGAAGACAUCAAGAGCGAUACAGACUAAUUUUGGAAGCUUUCGAAACCAUCGAUCAACAUGAAGGAUGUCGAAAAGUUCUCAAAAUUGCUGCAGCUUGUAAGAAAGUUCAAAUCUUCUUCGACUUUAAGCAUGACUCAACUUACUACUUUGAUACACUCACAUCACUUAGAACUAGUGGAACAACUUAUGGAUCUGGUGUCAUUGAAAUUGGUGCGAAAGGUUUGCUGGAUGAGAACAAGAAGUUUGAAGUCAUCGGAGUUCUGAUUCAUGAGCUUUGUCAUCUGGCAGUUCUAAUGACAUACAUGAACAAUUUUGAUCCAUUUCAAAUGGGUGAGUCUGAAGAUAAGAGAAGAUUUGUUGAAGAAGUUAGGCAAGAAUGUGAAGGAAAUCAAGAUUUUGAACAUCUUAUUGGAUCAGUUUUUGUUUGUUAUCCAAAGGAACAUUUUGAUUCAGAGUUAAUUGUUAGGGCUUAUCACAUAAAGUUGCAUUAUCAAGAAUAUUCUCAAAGAAUUGCUGAUUGUGAGGCAGAAUAUCCACAAUUAUUCAAUUAUGUUAAUGAGGUUGUUGAGCCAGAAUUUGACAAAGCUUUGCCAGUUUUAAAAAAGUUACAAAAUGAUGAGGAAAUAGUAAAAUUUAGUGACCUUACAGACCCAAUGAAGGCAAAGGUUUUGCAUACUGAAAUUUAUUUCCAAGGGAUGGAAACUUCACUUUUUAAUAUAAUUGGAAAUGACACAGAAAUUCUUCAACUUUUGACUUCAGAACAGAUUAAAGACAUUUUAUUGAAUCGAAAAGAUUUGAAAUUUGGGGACAUUUGUGAGUUAAAACUUGAUUAUAGCUAUACUGAGAGAAAGUUCUUACAAAUUGGCAUGGAACACGAUUUAGAUUCAAAGAAUUUUGAAGAUGUUAAAAAUUUAGUUGAAAAUUCAAGGGUUUUUGUCUUGUCUGGAAAGGCUGGCGAGGGUAAAACCACAACAUUUAGAGAUUUAACAAAAAAGUUGAAAGAAAAUUUCCAAAAUUUUUGGGUGUCAUUUGUAAAAUUGAGAAAAUUUAAGGAUAUUUUUGACAAUUUAGACUUUUUAAAAGACUUGAAUAUUGAUGAACUUUGUCAAAUUUUCUGUGCAAUCUUAAUUCCUAGUUCAAAAGAUCUAAAAUUCAAUAUUGAGACAAAUUUUGAGGUUAGAAUUUUCAAAAAAUUAUUUUUAACCGGCAAAGUAAUUUUACUACUCGACGGAGUUGAUGAAAUCUGCCCAAAAUUCAACGAUUUUAUCAUAAAAAUAUCAAAACUCAUCAAAUUUGAAACAAAAAAUCAACUUUGGGUUUCAACACGUCCACAACAUGCUCAACAACUUGAGAAAGCUUUAGAUACUGAAAUUUAUAAUUUAAUUGAAUAUUACAACAUUGAAAGAACUGCAUUAAUUAAGGAAAUUUUGGAAGUAAAUUCUAAAUUAAUUGAUGACGUGACACUUGAAAAAUUUGAGAAUUUAUUCAUUAAUUUUGAUGACUUUAAUAAUCCUCUGUUGAUUACAAUCAUUGCUGAGCUAUACGCAAAAGAAAAAAUUGAUUUAGAAUUUGAUUCACUUAAUCGUUUUGGGAUUUAUAAAGCUCUUGUGGAUGAGCAAAUGCGAAAAACUGAAGAGAAAAUUGAUUUUGAUGAUCGAAAAAAUUCUUUGAAUUUUCCAAAAAUGUUGCAAGUUUUGGCACUCAAAUUUAUGCUUGAACCAGAAUUAAUUGAAAAUUUGUCAGUUAUUAAAAAUUGGAAAAAUGAGAAGAAAAAUUGGACAGCCGAGAAAAUUCAAAGAUUUGGUUUUGUGAUUGUCGAUUUGGACUUUUUAGAAACUGACAAUAAAAAUUCAAUUGAUUUUAUUCAUAACACGGUUGCUGAGUAUUUAUUGAUUCAAUUUAUUCUUGAUUACAUUUUUAAUGAAGAAAUGAGCGAUAAAAUAAUGGAAAAAAUUUUCAAUAUUUUAAAAUCACUCGAAACAAAAUGGAGAGAUGAAAAUUUUUUGUCAAGUUCUUUAAAAAUCAAAUUUUCUGAAAAUUGUAAACUUCAUGAAAAAUUAAAAGAUUUAAUUGUUAAAAAUAUUGAGGAUGAAGUUGAAGAAAAUGAUAAUUAUCUUUUAACAAAGAUAAACUUUUGGUGUCAAUUUUUACAAAAUGAUGUUAAAUUAUUGAGAAAAUUGUGGAAAAUUGACAGCAAAACACCUUUAAUUAGUCAAUUAUUACCAAAAGAAUUCAGCAAUUGUGUCAAUGAUUUUGGGGAUUUAUUAAAGAACAUUAACAACUGCCUUGGAGAUAAUUGGCAUAAAAUUUUAAACAAAAAUGUUAAAAACGUUGAAGAUUGUUCAGAUUUUGAAGACUUAAGUGUCAUCAAAAUCUUCGAAGAUAAAGUAAAAGUCGAGCAUUUUAAAAACUUCCUCAAACUUUUAAAUUUGAUCGAUGAAACAUUUGAUUUUUAUGAUAAAGAAAAGUUCAGAAAAAGUUUAUAUUCGCUAUUUACAAUUGUUGGAUCGAUUCAUCGAAUAUUUGAAUCCAGCACCGAAUUAUUCGGAUCUAAUUUCAAAAAAUGUUUCAGUAAAAUCUUAAAAAUAUUUCCAAACGAUGAAAACAUGUUUUUUCUUAUUUUAAAUCAAAUUAUUCAACUUCUCGUUGAAAGUGAAAAGUUUUCAUGUUUUGAGGAAAUUUUGAUUGAGUUUUGUGAAAAUGAUUUUGCAAAAAUUCAAAAUUAUUUAUUUACCGGUGAAAUUUUAUCCAGUAUUGCAGAACGGAUUGAAUUUGAUCCGAGUAGGAAUGAUGAAAUUAAGAUUUCUGCAAGGGAAAAUUUUUGUCACAAGUUUACAUUUUUUAUGGAUUUAUUUUUAAAAUAUAAAACUUCAAUUGAACAAAUUCAAAAUCAUAUAAAAUUAUUUUUUAAUAUUUACACAUUGCUUCGAGUUAUGCCUGAUGACUUUCUGCCAACUUUUACAAACUACAUGAAAAUAAUUUUUGAGUCCAAUUCUGAAAAGCUUUUUGAAUUUGUUGGCAAAAGUCAAGAUUACUUUGACAGUCGAGUUUUUGACAAACUUGAAGAAUUUUUGUUCAAUUUCUUUGAUGGAAAUGAUGAAAAAGUUAGAACUGGAAUGAGAAUAUCUUUAUUUAGAGAAUCACGUCCUGAAUAUGAUAAUCCAGAUUUCAACGAGAAUUCUGCUAAAAAUCUAGAAGAAAUCAUCAAAAUAUGCAAAAAAUAUCAAAACCCUUCCGAAGAACUUCCAAAAUUCUUAAAAAGCUGGAAUUUUUUGGCUAGAGUUUUUCAUUCAAUGUCAAUUGAUUCCUACUCACUCUUUAGAGAAGCUGUAAAUGAGCUUUUCAAUGCAGAUCGAACUCAAUUAAUCAAUUGCAUAUCCGAAUGUCAUGUUUCCACAUGGAUCAUCAGCUCUAAGCCAAAAUUUACAGAAUUUCAUAACUUUUUAACAGAGUUUUUCAAAAAUGACGAAGAAAAUGUCAAAAAAUGUAUCAAAAAGAUGAUGCUAAGUGAUCCUAGUUAUUGUAAAAUUUUAACAGACUCUAUUAAUGAUGAGACUGAAUAUGAAAGAAUUGAAAAUAUUUUUACUGAAUUUUUAACGAUUGAGGAACUUCAACAAGGGUUUAUGCAUAAAAAUGCACUAUUUGACGCAUUUAAUGGACGUGAUGUUCAAAAUAUUCAAAAAUUUGCUCAAUUUAUUAAAAGAAUUGUUCAAAAUAAUCCACAAAUUUUUGACAUAAUUUUUGACUCAAAUUCAAAUAUUUCAAUAACUUACAAUGAUGAAUUUUUGCCUCGAUUUGAGGAAUUUUUAAUAGAAUACUUUGAUAAUGAAGAAUAUUUGGUAAGGUUAUUUAUGAGAAAGUUAUUAUUUAGCUACAAUUAUGACCAAAAUCCAUUUUUAAGUGCUAUUCAUUAUAAAUUUGAUCUUAGAAAAUUUCAAAAUAUGAAAAAAUUCUUCAUAAAAUAUAAAAAUUCGUUUAAUGAGCUUCAAAAGUUUUUCAAUACUUAUUCAGAUUUAUUAAAAAUGUUGGAAAUGGAACUUUUUGGCGAAAUGGAAGAAUUUUUAAUCGAAAUUUUUGCAUCUAAUGAAUCUUCAAUUUUGCGUUGUAUCAAUUACAAUCAUGGACAUUUAUUGAUAAAAAAACCACAAAACCUUAAAAAACUUGAAGUCUUUUUGAACAAAAUAUUAGAAAACGACGAAGAAAAAGUAAAAAAUUGCAUUAAAAAAAUUAUAUUUAAAAAUUAUGGUGAUAAUUUCAAUAACUUUACAGCACUAGCAUGCUCAAGUGAUGCAAAUGACAUGCAAAUUUUAAUAAAUUAUUACAAAGAGUUGAAAAGUUCAUCGGAAGAAUUGCAAAAUUUAUUUACUUCAAAAGCAUUUAAAUCUUCAGUUUUUCAACACAUGACAGAUGAAGCGUAUCCAAUAUUCAGACAAUUUGUAGUUGAUGUAUUUCAAUCUAAUUUGACUGAAUUAGGGAAUGUGUAUGAAAAUAACUUUAAUCAAUGCAUUGGUAACAAAAGAUUCAGUAGAUUUAAGCAAGAUUUUGAAAAUCUCAUUUUUGCAGAACAACCUUAGUCGCUAAUAUUAAGUUUUAAUAACUGACAAUUUAUUUAUGUCUUGAAAUGUCAUUUUACAAUGAAAAAGUUAAUAAAAAAUUUAUCAAAAAAAUUACAGAAGUCCUCGUGUUAUUGAUCGAAGGAAUUAAGCGCAUUUUUGUUUUAGCGAUCAGUAUUUGAUUAUGUAAUUAUUUUGCGUUCAUUUACAGAUCAUUAGAAGAUUAGAAGAUCAUUAAUUUUAGUGUAAUUAACAAAUAAUUACAAUGUAUGCUUAUAUAGAAAAGCUUUAUUAUUUAACGGUUAAAAAAUAAUUUGAAAUUUUGCCGUUAAAAGUUGCACUACGAAAACAUUAAUUAUAGUAUAAUUAAAUAACUUAUUGCAAUAAAUUUCCAUACAGAAAGAGUUUAUCAUUUAACGGUUUUUCGAAAUUCAAAUUUUAACGACUUUUAAAAAUUUGAAUUUAUAGAGGUAGUCGAAAAAAAUUUGAACAGGUUACACUGUUGAAAUUAAAGAAAUUAUUAAUUAAAGUACAAAGCCAUUGUUUUAAGCUUUCUUACUAAUCGAUACCGGAAUAACACGAUAAAAAUGAGCUAAUAAAACAAACCCGAGCUCUCUACGAUGUCUUGUUGAUGAGAUCUCGGUUAGCAGCCGAACAAAGUGAGUUAUUAAGCUACCUUUUUGUAUACAAGUAUACAAAAAUGCGCUAAAAAAUCUAAAUCUUAAUCAAGAAUUGAUGUCACAAAGAACUGAUCAAUCACAAGUGCCUUCAACUUUGAUCCUUUGCCAAGAACACCAUUUGUGAAUUCAGAUGCCGAUGGAAGUUGCAACAAGACAUCAGCAUGAAUAAGACUUGCAACUCUGCUGCUUAUUUGAUUCGAUGUAAUUUGUGCAUAAUAAAAUUUAGUCUUAUUACUGUACGAGAUCGUAGCUCUGACAAAUUCGGGUCGUUGAUCUAAUUCAUACUUUGGAUCUUGUAGGAUGACUGAAAUUGUUGGAAGAACUGACUUAGUCUUUGUAAAUCCACUCAUGAAUCUCAAAGCAGGCAUCACAAAAAUAUGGAAGCAUACAAAAGCUGAAACUGGAUUUCCGGGCAAUGCAAAGAAUGAAGUUCCGGUUCCAUUAGAUGCGAAUGUCAUUGGCUUGCCUGGCUUCACAUUAACACGUCCGAAAUGAAUCUCAAAGUCUAGUUCCUUCAAAAGUGGCUUAACAAAGUCUUUAUCGCCCAUCGAGACACCACCACUGCUUAUUAUGACUUGACAGUCUUUUAUGGCUGCUUGAACUACAAUCUUUAAGGAUUCAUAGUCAUCCUUAGCUAUUCUAGUGAACUUGACAUCAAAUCCAUACUUUUGACAUAGCAGCUUCAACAUUGUCGUAUUUGAGUCGUAAAUUUUGCCAUCUUGCAGGUCACCAGACGUCGGUUCCACAAGUUCAUCACCUGUUGAAAUAAUCGCAAUCUUUGGCAUCUUUUGAGUAUGAUUCAGUCCAACAGAUGCAAGCAGUGUCUUCUCAGCAACAUCCAAAAUUCCACUUGUUGUAAAUAAAAUAUCAUUUUUCUUUAAAUCAGUUCCAACGUCACGGAUGUCCAGGUUCUUAUGUGGAAAUUGUUUUAUUUCGAUCUCAUUUUCAGUUCCAUCAGAAUGCCUAGACGCUAAUUUUGUAUCCUCAACCUGAAUGACACAGUCAGCAUAAUCAGGAACUGGAGCACCUGUAUUAAUCUUGUAGCACUCCUCAUCUGCAAAAUUAGAUUUAAUGAUUCCAUCGCCAGCAUUAACGAAUCCAAUGACUCGUCUGAAUGGCGAGUUUGAGGACGACUUCAUAGCAUAUCCAUCCUUAAUACUUGCACGGAAUGGAGGGCAAUUUAAAGGACUUUUGUAGGUCAUUGGCUUGGAAAUUUGACCAACUUUAUCAAAAAUUAUGUCCAGAGCCUUAGCUACGUCAAUCAUUGGAUACGGUGAGUUCCGGUCAGAUUUAUCGGAUAGAUUGGCUGUCUUAUGAGGACAGACGUGUUUUGGUGGAGUUGCUGGAACUGGUUCUGGUUGAUUUUCAAUCAAACUAGCUUUGCUUGUACUUCCUUGUGCUAAAGACAUUGGACUAACGGGAGCAGCAACAGUAAUUGAUGAUGAAAGCUGGCUGAAAAUGCUGCUUGAGUCAGAAAUCUUGUCAAGGACACCACCGAGUAUUGCAUCAUCUAAGCUUGACGAUGAUUGUUGCAAGAACUCGCUAAAGUCACUGUAUUUGGAUUGACUUGAUGUUUUGGAUGUAAAUGCUUUGUAGAGGUCGACUUUGUGAUCGGUCGAUGAAUCAGGUAAGGAUUUUGAUGUUGUUGAUGAUGCUUGAAUGAUAAAAAAAAUUGUUGUUAGAUUAAUUCGAGAAAAGAGAACAUUUUUUAACUUGAUGGAGCACGGUUGUACCCAAAAAUGCCCAAUUAAAUUAUAAACAACCAUAAUUGUCUAUAGUCAGUUUUGUCAACUUAAAGCUUCAACAGUCCAUAAAGAGUGCUAACUGUCCAGCAGAAAGCCUCUAUAACCCAUGAGGAUACACACUAAUCCUUAAAGAUGUUCAAUUAUUCCCAAUACUGCUCAUUCAUUUUUACUAAAUCACUACUGAUCCCACUUGACCUAACGCGUAGUUCAUUUUAUUCAUUCACUUACCUUCAUCAUCUCCAGGCUUUCCAGCAACUUCCCUCUCUUUCUCUUCAGUCCUAGCAACUUCAUAAUAAGCCGGUGGUCCAUCAACUGCUUUAAAAUCCUGAAUCAUCUUAUGCAUCUCUUGCGUUUUGUUCUUCAUAUCACAAAUCAGUUCCAUUGCGUGUGGCAACAGCUCACGAACAGCAUCAAAGCACUCAGUGCAUGCCUUAACACUGCCAGGGAAAUUAAGGAUCAAAGUUUGUCCACGAAUUCCACAAAUUCCUCUCGUCAGUGCUGCAAAUCGAGUGAUUCUAAGUCCUUCCAUUAACAUGAGGAAAGCAAGUUGUGGAAAUUCACGUUCAAUGACCUUCUUUGUUGCUUCUGGAGUCACAUCACGAGGAGCACAUCCAGUUCCACCUGUUGUAAUAAUGCAAUUGAGCUUAAGAUCGUCCGAGUAGUACAGCAAAAUCUUCUCAAUUUCAACAAUCUCAUCUGGAACUGUCGAUUGGGUGACUUUAAAGGCAUUGAAGUAGUUUUGGAGGAGCAUUUUGAUCUUUGGGCCACUUUUGUCGAUUGCCUCAUUUCGAUGGCAUGUGUCAGAGACUUAAAUUGAGGAUUAUUAUAGAGUUGCCAUUUUUAAUGUAUUUUGUGAUUUUGUUUAAUGAUUUGGCAAUAUAGUCACUUACCAGUAAUGACUCCAUACGAAAAAUCUACCAUUUUGAAGGAAUUUCUAAUUUGAUAUCAAAAAAUAAAUUUAAAUUUGAUUAAAUCAGCAAAAUUUUGUGUUUAAAAUUCACCGAUCACUAAAAUUAUGUUUUUUUUUUUUUUUUAUCAAAACAUUGCACUGAUGUUGAGUGCCCUUUAUUGUGUCAAGUGGAUGGA